UGCCCGCGGCGCGCCCUCGCCUGCCCCAGAGCCCGCGGGCGCGGGGCUCUCCCGUCGGCGCGGCACAGACACAAAGAUGGAGUGUCAGAAAAUCAUCAACUUUGGAAACCAGCUUCUUCGCCGGAAAAACGUGGACUGCACUCGAGAAGACAGUCGACUCUCACGAUGCCUCAACACGUUUGACUUAGUGGCCCUGGGUGUAGGCAGCACUUUGGGUGCAGGUGUCUAUGUACUGGCUGGAGCUGUGGCACGGGAAAAUGCGGGACCUGCCAUCGUUAUCUCCUUCUUGAUUGCUGCCUUGGCUUCAGUGCUGGCUGGACUCUGCUAUGGAGAAUUCGGUGCUCGGGUUCCUAAGACGGGAUCAGCUUAUUUGUACAGCUAUGUGACCGUGGGCGAGCUGUGGGCCUUUGUCACAGGGUGGAAUUUAAUCCUCUCCUAUGUUAUUGGAACCUCAAGCGUGGCCAGAGCCUGGAGUGCAACAUUUGAUGAGAUCAUAGGCCAGCACAUUGAAGAGUUUUGCAAAAGAUACAUGAAGAUGGAUGCUCCUGGAGUGCUGGCAACAUACCCAGACAUCUUUGCCGUGGUGAUAAUCACCAUCCUAACAGGGCUUUUAAUUUUUGGCGUGAAGGAAUCUGCCCUGGUGAACAAAGUGUUCACCUGCAUCAACAUCCUUGUUCUUGGCUUCGUCAUGGUCUCUGGCUUCGUGAAAGGGUCUAUUAAAAACUGGCAGCUGACUGAGCAGGACAUUUACAACACCAGCCAUGGCACUUAUGGAGACAAUCAAACACAGGAGGAAAAGCUCUACGGUGUUGGAGGGUUUAUGCCCUAUGGAAUGAAAGGAGUACUCUCAGGGGCAGCCACGUGUUUUUAUGCUUUCGUGGGAUUUGACUGUAUUGCUACUACAGGUGAGGAGGUAAAAAACCCUCAGAAGGCCAUUCCUGUUGGCAUUGUGGCAUCUCUGCUCAUCUGCUUUGUGGCUUAUUUUGGUGUGUCAGCUGCCCUGACGCUCAUGAUGCCUUACUACCAGCUGGAUACCAAUAGCCCUUUACCCAAUGCCUUUAAAUAUGUGCAUUGGGAUGGAGCCAAUUAUGCUGUGGCUGUUGGUUCUUUGUGUGCGCUUUCUACGAGUCUCCUUGGCUCCAUGUUUCCAAUGCCUCGAAUAAUUUAUGCUAUGGCAGAAGAUGGACUUCUCUUUAAAUUUUUGGCUAAAGUCAACGAGAAAAGAAAAACUCCAAUAAUUGCAACAGUGACUUCAGGAAUCAUUGCAGCUGUAAUGGCCUUUCUCUUUGACUUGAAAGAUCUUGUGGAUCUCAUGUCCAUUGGGACCCUCCUGGCUUACUCCUUGGUGGCAGCCUGUGUAUUGGUACUAAGGUAUCAACCAGAGCAGCCUAAUUUGGCAUACCAGAUGGCUAGGACAACAGAGGAGACAGAUAACAAUGAGUCUGUGAGCACCAGUGAGUCUCAGACUGGAUUUCUGCCAGAGGAAGAGGAGAAGUGUUCUCUCAAAGCCAUAUUGUGUCCCCCAAAUUCGGACCCUUCCAAAUUCUCUGGCUCAGUGGUGAACAUCUCAACCUUCAUCAUUGGUUUCCUUAUUGUGGGUAGCUGUAUCUUGACUUCUCUUGAGCCAAGUGUUCUGAUAAAGGCUAUAUGGAUUAUUGCUGCCAUCCUUGUUCUUGUUGUCAGCUUUGUUAUAUGGAAACAGCCUGAAAGCAAAACCAAGCUCUCCUUUAAGGUACCUCUUUUGCCCCUUCUUCCUGUUGGGAGUAUUUUUGUGAAUGUUUACCUCAUGAUGCAGCUAGACCUGGGCACAUGGAUCCGGUUUGCAGUCUGGAUGCUCAUAGGUUUUAUCAUCUACUUUACUUAUGGAAUAUGGCACAGCGUGGAAGCCACCUAUGCUGCCUCAGCAGAUGCGGAGAGAAACACGGAUGCUGGCUCAGAGAGCUGUAAAUGACUGCAUGUUUGGCUAUGGGCAACUGGGGAAUGGCUGCAGUGAAGGAAGCUUUGCAAGUGGGGGUCCUGAACCAGGUUAUGUCUGGUUAAUCAGUAAUGCAGGAAUAAGGAAGCAUAAUGCAGGACUCCCCAGCCCUGUUGCUGCAGCUUGCAGUCUGCUUAGUAGCCCAGAUAAAAGGGAUCACAAGGAAAAAGCCACACUUCUGGCAUACUCCUGGCAGCACUCUCAGCUAAUCUGGGGCUAUGCGAUUCCCUUCCUCCUUCUUCUGUAUUUUAUUUUUUUCCCAGUGUGUAGAAAGAAAACUGCUUCUGUGUGCCAGUUAACCUUAAAUGCUGCUAUGAAACCAGGCCUCACCAAGGUCUUUCUUUCAGUAGCCCCAGGAAUUACCUCCCCACAGAUACUCUACCUGAUUUUGCAGUGCUACUGUCAGGUUUAGAGCAGAUCUGUCCUUCACCUAAUGUGAGCUGUACCCCACGUGUACGCACAAGAAAAGGUUCUCUCCAAACACCAGCUUUCACCUGGUUAAGAAAGCACCUGCAAGACUUGCAUUCUUUAAAGUAUCAGCUCUUGUAGUUCUUGUUGUAUCUAACUUUUUCUUAACUGCAUACUCGUAUGCUUUAAGGCACAUUGCUGCUGUGAAAUGCUGGGAGGGUUUUCAGUCGCUGCUUGUUGGGUGAAUGGUCACUUGCCAGCACGCAAGUAGUGCCAACAGGUGUUUCUGCUUUUAUGUUCAGCAGAGGGAUUGCUAGUAUAAAACUAUGUAGUGCAAGAACUUUAAAGCAAGAAUGGCUUUAAAAGAGUGGGUGUCUCCAAAGACCUGUCCUACCUCUUCGCCUCAGAAAUAACCAGUGCUGUGGCUGCAGUGGUGGGGUAGCUAGUAGAAGUGAGCCCAGCUCUGGUAACAAGUGUGACCCUGUUUUCCUCUCCUUGCAGCAGUUUUAUGUGCUGGCCGGGUGGCAUUAGCAAAGAAUUUGGCCAUGAGACUUUGAUUUGGCAUUGGCAGGUGGAGCAUGUUUCAUUCCUGAGACGGGGAAGCAUGGGAGGAUCCUCGUUGGCUUGAACUUCCGUGGGGGUGUGCAGGGGCUCCCUGGUCCUGGUAGAGUAUGCAGCCCAGAAAACACUGCUAAGCUCUAGGGUCCAACUUGCUGAGAAGAGAUUUCCCUUUGUGGCUGGAGAUCAUCUCCAGAGCCUGGCUGUUGUGAAAGGUGGGAAAUGAGACUUCAGACCAGGGUCUGUGUUUGGUUGACAAUGCCUUGGUUUUGCUGUAAGAGGAAACAUUUCCUUAAUUUUCUAUAUAAUGGCUUUCCCAAGCCAGAUUCAGUACCAAAAAAAAAAAAAAAAAGGCUUGUUAAAGCACAAGUAAGAUGGGCAUUGCCCCUGUCAUAUCACUGAUUUAAAUUCAAACGAACAGGGGAGGGAGAUUUAGCUUGGAUAUAAGGAAGAAAUUCUUUACUGUGAGUGUGAUGAGGCACUGGAAUAGGCUGCCCAAGAAAGCUGUGGCUGCCCCAUCCCUGGCAGUGUUCAAGGCCAGGCUGUGGACAGGGUGUCCCUGCCUGUGGCGGGGCUUGGAACUAGAUGAUCUUAAGAACCUUUCCAGUCCAAACCAGUCUGUGACUCUGAAUUUGCACUUCAGCUUGUACUGAAAAACAAAUCAUAGAAUGGUUUAGGUUGGAAGGGACCUUUGAAGACUGUUCCAGCUUCCCUUCUAUGGCCAGGAACAUUUUGACUAGAUCAGGUUGCUCAAAGCCCCAUCCAACCUGACCUCAAACAAUUCCAGUGAUGCAUCAUCCCAAAUCAUCUCUGCUAACCUGAAUGGAUGCAUUCCUAGGUGUCUGUCCUCCACACUACUGCCUCUGAACACUGGACAGUCUUUAAAUCUGUUUGUCAGCAUGGCUGUUGCUGACAAAGGAGCAGGCUCUUGUCCCUGUUGUUCAGUUGGAGAACUGAAGAACAGAUCCCUGCAUGACUUAACCAGGGUCUCACUAGGCACCUGGUACAGCAGAAAGGGGAAACAGACCAUGUCCCGGGUUACAUGGCUGGACCAUGGUCUCUCACAGGUUUCCAAGAAACACUUGAUACCCUUUCUGCCCACUAAGAAGUUUUAAUUUUAGGUUUCUUCUAGUACACUGGGGACCUCUUAUUGCCAGGGUUGGAACUGGGGUAAGUGAAGACAAUGUGUUCGUUGCCUUCCAGGAUGUGUUUUGAGUGCAGUUCCCUCUACAAAAUGAAGUCAGGGUCUUGACCAUCUGCCAAGCCUUUGCUCCCCCAGCAAAUACAAAAUCUUACUCAAGCAGGGAGAGAAUAAUAUAGACAUGAAAAGCCACUAGGUUGAGGUCUGUUUUGUUUAAAUACAUGCAAGGUCGAUACACUCCAUAGCCUCCCAAAAAGCACUGAAGAUGUGGGAGGGGAAGAAGACAAAAAGAGGGGAGCAAAGUUUUCUGUUUUACCAAAAAUGUAAGGACAUUUUUCCCUACCUUGGGUACCAGCUUCUGAGCAAUUAAGACAUUCAGCAGUGACCAUAUGGGGGUGAAUUCUGACUGGAAGUGUGUCUCCAAAGAAAAUGAUUUAAGAAUAUGCAGAUUUCUUGCUGUAUGUAAACUUUUUUAAUUAUUAAUAUUAAUAUUUUAUUAUUAAUAUUAACUUAUUUUUGUUAUCUGCCUAGGGAUCUGGUUUGGUAUUUAUAUUCCAUAACUUCAUUUCAGCUUUUGUGGCAUACAAUAGCAGUAUGUAGAAGAAGGGGAAGUCCUGAUGGGGUCAUUUUUCAUCAGUUGCCUUUUCUCUGAGAAAAUUAAAGGAAAAACCUGUGUCAGCAGAUUCUUUAUUUAAAUAUGCUAUUACCUGUAUUAGACCCAGAGCUAAUGGAGGUGAGGAUCCUUAGUUCCAUCUCCCACUGCUCCUUCUUGGUGUGUUCAGCCCAUCAGUUCCCUUGUGGUUGGUGCUGCUGUCUCUCUGGCUCUUUGUUGCUGCUCACCAGAUACAAGCAUACAGAAGUAGCCUGCAGCCCUGCAGAGUGACAGGGAAGCGUAGGUGUCUCUGACUCUCUUGUCUACCUGCUUCACCUGUGUCCAGCUGUACCUGGGAACAUCCUGGCCUCCUCUUCCCAUUACUUGACCUGGGAGGUGGACCAGUGAGGAUGCGGGGAAUUAGAGCUGCAUACCCCUGCCCCAUCCUCUCCUGGCCACAUCCAUCCCUUGCUUCUAUGUUUCCUAAGCUGAAAGGCAAAUUUGACUGCCUCCUUCUAGGACAACAUCGCAGAUUUUGCUGAAUGGAUGGGGUUUUAUUAUUGCAUUAUUUUUUUACCUCCCUGCUGAUGUCUGUAUGUUAAGAGAUAAAGCCAGGUGUCUCUUGAAGACACAACUGCUGCUAUAGCCUUACUGUUGUGGACAAUAUGCUUUCAUUCAUUUGAGCUUUUCUUUGUAAAUAAUGCAGUUAUUUUGUUUUAUGGGAAUGUUUUGUGCAGAUGCAGAGCAUUUUGCUGUAUGAAGGGGUGGGAAUAGAGAAGCAAUACGUUUGCUUGCCAUGAGAAUAGAUCUGGUUUUGCCAAAACUGAGAGACAUAGUAAAAAUGGCCUGCCUGAUCUUUUGGAGGAGGCUCUGGCCUGAAGGACUGGCCUUGUUUCAGCAUAUUUAGUUGCUCCCAGUCUGCUCGGUAGAGAGGAGCCCUCCAGGUGAGCUGUUUGGAAGGUCCUGCUGAUGGCCAGCUCACGAUGGAUUGAGGCGGGCAGCACUGAGGCUGCAGCUUCCAGUCAAACAGCAAAUCUGGGUAUGUAGACAGCCAGCCUUUCUCCAUGAAAAACUGCUGCCAAAACAGCUUUUCCCCCACCCCUCCCAAAUGAAUUGUUUGUGCAAAAAUUACUAGCUUUUGCUUAUUUGCUUACCGCUUUCUUUGGUCACUAAAAAUCAUUACUGUCUGAGUUUCAGCUUCAGUUUGCCCUUUUGCCAUCCAUCAGGGUGAAGUUUUCUUCUGGUCUGUGCAGCAGGUGCCUGUGCUGCAUGUCAGGUAGAUAGCUGUCAGCAGGAGGGAGUACGGGGCUGCCCUCUGCCCACCAGCCUCAUCUGACCAUGACAGGGACCGGGGUGUACUGCAGGCAAAGUGCUGCUGUUUGGAGCCAUUUGUGCUUGGUUGCAGCAGGGCAAGGGGGCUGCAGGGGACCAUGCUGGUGAAAGCACUGCCACAUAUUGCUGUGUAUUGCCAGGUUUUAGAAGAGUAAAGUUUUAACUGGCAGUGCUUACUGUGGACACUCACCCUCACCCUUCGUCUAUCCCAGAUGAAAACAAACUCCUAUUCAUAGUGUACAGAGGGUGCCUGUCACUGUGUGCUGCCCCCAUUCCUACUAUAACUCAAGAGACCAGAAAGCAAUAUGAUAGGAUAUUAUGUUUAUAUUUGUAAAAUAUGCUGCUUUGGUGAUUGCAUUUUAUAUACUAAUGAAUUCCAGUGGGAGGCUGCCACCCCCAAAAGCCAUGUACACUGAGCAUUGCUGUCAUCUGCCCGAAUGAAUAAAGGAUGAUGUGCAAGUCUGGCAGGCUUGAGGGGCUUGCUUUGGAGAGGAGGAGCUGGAGUGGUGCCAAUUUUCAAGUAGCAGGCUCUCCUGCAGUCUCUCCCCUCCACGCAGCUCAACACCCUCCCCUUUCAAAGAAAGCCUCUUGCCUCUGGGAGAAAAGCAUCUCUUUAAACCCUUGAACAACCUUAUGACAUCCACUGGGCCUGAGCUUACAGGCAGGUUCUGUUUCUUCCUCACUAAAAAGUUGCCUUCUUUAAGGCUAAAUCUCUGUGUACACAGUGCACCAUCAGUUACUCCUCACAGCCACCUCCCUUUUCCACAGGUCCAUCAGCCUGAUUUGGGAUGCCAGCAUGCCAGCAUCCCAAAAUUGAGCUUGUCAGUGCUGCCAGUUGCUCUGCCUGCUGCUGCUCAGCUUGUGGUUCGUCACCCGUUUCCCACUCCAGCAGCAAAUCCUCCCCCAUAGAGGCCCCAGACUGCCUUACACUGUGUUACAGUUGCAGUGGGGUCCUGUGGGGUCUCUGACACCCACCUGGAAACCAGAUGA